AACAACUCGCAUUCGGUUGUUUGCUCGAACAUGCCGACGUAUGGAGCGGGACAGCCCCUCUUGCACGCACGGCGCAACGCGUUCACCGAGGCGGACCGCAAGUGCCGCGACGUCCUCUGCAUUCUCGUCUUCCUUCUCCUAUGGGUGGGAAUGGCAUUUGUGGCUGCUGUCGCGUACCAGAAUGGCAACCCUGGUGCACUCAUUUACCCUGUGGAUCACACAGGGAACUUGUGCAACGCGACGUAUCCUGACAUGUACUACCCGCACCCUCAGGCCGACGCAUCUGCUCACGUGCCAUACUACGGCAUUUGCGUCGCUCAGUGCCCCAUGAAAGGCGACGUCGUUGACGGGCGCGCCUCGAACGCCAGCUUCGCGCCACUGCUUCACCGCUGUAUGCCCAAAAACAUAUCGGACAUUUCGACGCGAGCUGCUUACGAGGGUGUGUUUGGUGACGCUUCGACUGCCUUCAAGUAUCUCUCUCGCUACAUUCACGACCUGCAGGUCACGUACAAGGCCAUAUUGGGCAUCGGUGCUGUCGGCGGCUUCGUCGGUUGCCUCUUUUGGCUCGCACUUCUACGCAUGGUGCCGAACCUCAUCGUAUGGGCCAGCAUUCUCGCUGUCCUUGUCGCGCUUCUCGCAUGCACGGCUGUGUGUGCGUCCGAAGCCAACUUGGUUCAAAGCUCUCAGAUCAGUGUCCUUGCGUCGUCGAUCCGGCUCGAAACCAACGCAAGCCAUGCUGCGUACUUCAAAGUGGCAACCAUCGUGCUUCUUGCUAUCGACAUAUGCUAUGUGCUAGUCCUCGCUUUCCUUCGGUCACGCAUUCAGCUCUCGAUUGGCAUCAUCAAGGUUGCUUGCACCGGCCUCUCGCACAUUCCCAUGCUGCUGUUUUUUCCAAUCGUGCCUGCGCUCAAGCUGCUCGCACUAUUUGCAUACUUUGUCGUGUCAUCCGUGUACAUUGCGAGCUGUGGAAAUCUCUCAGCGACGCAGCUGAAGGCUACAAUGCACGGACCCCACUUCGCCGAGACGAGAGACAAUGCGACAGAUCCGAGCGUCAUGAAGUACCUCUUUGCCUACAACGUCUUUGGCGUCUUUUGGACACAACAGCUGAUUGAAGCGAUCGCUGUGUGCACGAUCUCUGGCGCAAUUUGUCGCUACUACUGGUGUGACAACGAUCGGCGCCGUGAUCUUGGCUGGGCCGUCGGGGCGUCCGCGUAUUACUCGUUGCGGUACCAUUUCGGAACGCUGGUCUUUGGCGCCGGCAUUCUGGCGGUCGUGCAAUUUCUUCGUGUGCUCCUGGAAUACGUUGACCGCCAAACGCAAGGGACACAAAACAAGGCUGUGCAGAUUGUCGUGUGCUGUUGCCGCUGCUGCCUCUACUGCCUACACAAAGUCGUCAAGUUCCUCAGCUCGAAUGGUUACAUCCUGGUUGCAAUGAAGGGCGGCUCGUUUUGCCACUCGAUCGUCGACGCUUUCAACCUCGUGGCCGCCAACCUCGGCCGCAUUGGUACACAGAGCAUCGUUGCAACUUACGUUUUGUUCUUGGGAAAGAUGAUCAUCACGGCCGUGUGCGUUCUCGGCAUGUACGCCUUUGAGGUGUCCCAUGUGUUGUUGCACCUCACAAGCCCGUUUCCCCCGCUGAUCGCGACAGGUCUUUUGGCGUAUGCGAUCGCGUGUCUCUUUCUUGGAGUUUUCGACGUUGCCAUCCACACGGUACUCCUCAGCGUCUGCGAGGACGAGAAAAUAAACCGCACGACGGGUCAGUACUAUGCGACACCAGAAAUCCGCUCCUAUUUGGAUGACUCGGCCAAGUAUGCUUUCAAGCACCACCUGCCCGACAGUCAAGAUGCAUCAGUGUAAACAAGACCACGGGAUCAUGUACACACGAGAGAACAAGUGUCGUCUAUGAAUGUAAUGAAAUGCAUAUUCUACGCGA